GGAAUGACAACUGACAGACUUUUAUUUAAAAACCGGAUUUUUUUUUAGGUUAUUUUAUACUUUAAAAAACUUAAUUUUUUUAUAUCAACUAUCGUUUAAAAUGUAGGAUUUUCUUAAAAUUCUUUUUUAUUAGCAUUUAAAUAAUGAUAUAAUUAAUAGAAUUCAUAUAUUAUGCCAGGGAUAUUUUUUAAAUUUGAAUAAUGAGUUUCCUACUAAAUAAUUCAUUAUAUUCUUCAUCGCAAGCAAUAAGAAUAGUGAAUUUAGAUUCUUAUAUGGGUAUACCGAUACAAGGAUUGGACGUAUUAUAUUCUGAAUUUAGGGGUUCGUCGGUAAACCAAGUUCCUGUUUUAAGAUUAUUCGGAUCUGUUCCUACAGGUGAAAAAAUAUGUGUCCACAUUCACGGAGUAUUUCCUUACAUUUAUAUACCGUAUGAUGGUGUCCAAGACGCCAAUAUGUUUAUGUAUAAAAUCGCUUCAAGUAUAGAUAAAGCUGUGAAUAUAUCUUUGAAUCAAGCCUCAUCUAAUAUGCAACAUGUAUAUAAAAUUACACUCGUAUCUGGGAUACCAAUGUAUGGUUAUCAUACAAAAGGUCAUCAAUUUUUCAAAAUCUAUCUGUAUAAUCCGCUAUUAGUACGUAAAGUAACCGGUUUAUUGAUGAAUGCAAGCACUCUUGGUAGUCAGUAUCAACCACACGAAGCUCAUUUAUCAUUCACACUACAAUUUAUGAUAGAUUACAAUUUACACGGAAUGAGUAACUUGUUACUCUCGAAAAUAAAAUAUAGACGUGAUUCUAAUAACAUGAAUGAAAUUAACGCCGAUUCUGAACUAUUUUUACCUGUAUCUGUGAAUAAAUCAAGUAUUUGUCAACUGGAAGGUGAUUGUUUAGCAGAAGAUAUAAUAAACAGACUAGAAGUAGCGUCCGGAAAUAUCGGGGCAAAUCCUGGAAUAGCAGCUUUAUGGGAAGACGAGAAACAAAGACGUAGAAAUAAAGGAAUGACUUCCCAACUGGGACGUUUGUUAGAACUAUCACGAAUUGAUGUUUCACCUACCAAAUCCCAUAUGAUCUAUAAACAAGCUUUAGAAGAUAGAUUAGCGGUGUUUUCGAAUGAAAAAAACUUCGUCGACAAAUUAAAUGCUUCAGUGUAUCCCGCAGAAACUCCAGAUUCAACCACAAUCAGAAAUGCUUCUUUAGUAGAUUCUCAAACUAGUUGUGAUUCUAUAAGUGAUUUAGACGAAACUGUAGUACCAGCAGAAACUAGCGUCUUAAAUUUAAGUCUGGAUCAAGAUGCCCAACAACUUUUGAAAAUUUUGAACGAAUUAGAAGAGAACGUUAAGGAAAUUGAAGAAGAUUCUAUUUUAAUUCAAGUUUCUAAACAUAACGAUCAAGAUAUUGAUGAAAAUGAGUUCGAUUUCAGUCUAUCUUUGGAAUCGGUACAGACACCGGUUAAAACGAUUCCUGAAAGAGAUGAAAGUGAUGAUGAUUUAUUGAAUACUACGUUAAUUCCUCAAGUGGACGGUGGUUUCGAUGAGGAUUCCGAGGAAGUUUCUUCCGAAUUAACACAAAUACCUAAACCGAAACGGUUGAGGAAGUUGUUAUAUGUUAAAUUAAUUAAAACAGGCAAAGAUAUGCCUAGUUUGGAGGAUGAUUUCAAUAUACGAACAAAUUUUAAUAAAAACAACGGUGGAUUUAUUAAAAUGAAUAAAAAUAAUGGUGAAAAUAUAAAUAAAAAACGUCGGAAACUUACAAGGAAGCAACGGGUACAUUUAAGAACGAAUUUAGAAGUGAAAAGUUUCAAAUUCAGGAUAAAAGCGAUGAAAAGACGUGACCAAUUGGUAGGAAUAAUGAGAAAAUUACACGAAAAAAGAAAUGAGAUAAUUCUGUUUAUAAUUAGAAGUGGACGUGCUAAAUUCAGGAUUAUAUCGAAGAACGAUGUAAAAGAACUGCUUCCAAUAAAAUCGGUGGAUGUAAACAAAACCAGUAAAGUGAAUAUUAUAAGUGAUAUAAUUGUGAAAAUUGGUUAUUACGUAGAUCCUAGUUUGCAUCUCACGAUCAAGUAUCCGAAUCAUUGUGGUUUUCUCUACGAUUACAGAAGCGGAUAUUUACCUGAAAUUACGAGGAUCCCGAGGAAAAUUUGCUGUUCGAAUAGGAAAACCCACAUAGAAGGUUUUGUUAAAAAACAAAUGGGAAAUAGGGUUGAUUUUAAUGGAAAAAAAUCGACUGCGAUUGAUUUGGAUGAUGGAUGUCGACAGACCAAAAGGGAUGCUUGUAUGUCCCUUAAAUAUGAAGAAGGAAAACAAAACACCAAAUCUAUUAGAAAGGAAAUAUUAGAGAAUAAAUUAGGAGACGAAUCUGGAGGAGAUUUCAUAUCGAUGGCAGAAAAACUAAGAAAGCAACUAGAAAUUCACAUACGAGUACUCAAAUCUCCAACAAACCUGAAAAUAAAUGAUGAAUAUUCAAAUGCUGAUCACCGAUCACAAAUUUUGGAUAAACUCACAUGUUUUAAGAGCCAAGAUGAAUUCUUGGAUCAGGAAUCUAAGGAAAACACUAAUGUUAAUGACUAUUUAAUUAUCUAUAAUAGUAUAAACGAUAAAUGUAAAGAAGAAUCUGUAAAAUAUGAAGUUGGAAGUCAAUCGAAGGAAUGUAGUAGUCGAAACAGAAAUGACGAUACAAAAAGGAAAAAUAAUGUUCGAGCGGUUUCCAGAAGAUCGAAAAGAUUAAAACGUUGCAUCUAUGAAGGCUCUUUAUCGUUAGAUGGAAACGUCGAUCGUGAUUCUUCAGAAGAGGAACUGUUAAUGCAUAAACAAGAAAGAUCCAGAACGCCCAGAAGGAAAUCUAAGUAUAACGCAUUACCGAUAUCCCUACAGAAAUCUCAAAAAUCGCCUAAAUAUUCAAAAUCGUCUGAAACAGGUGUCAAUAAUGAUUUAGUUUCGACAAGAAAAACAACUGAAAAUUUAAACCAGGUGGUACGUCAACUUUUCAACAAACAUUCUUUUCAAAAUACAACCAUAACAGAAGAAAAAUUAAUUUGCAGAUACGAAUCAAUCAACGAUCGAAAUUAUAUUACGGAUACAUCGAAUUCCAGUGCAGUGUUUAGUAGUGACAUUGAUAAUCCCGAAAUAACAUUUCCUAACACAAAAUCACUAACAAUAGCCGAAAAGUACGAUAAAGAAACCAGUUAUGAACCGAAAGAAGGUUGUUCGAAGAUAUUAACCCCUCAAAGUGAUACGGUGGUUACUGAAAGUUCGAAUUUCGAUUAUUUAACCCCCUAUCAACACCCCAAUUUGUAUAGGGAGGGAGUUAUAACGAUUAAACCGAAACUAACAGCACCUACAGUGAAAUAUAUAUCAGAAUCGAUUGAUUUGAAUCGUGUUAUAUACCAAGAACCGUUCUGUAGUAACUUAGAAGAUCUAACUGGUAACGUAGAAGUUGGUUUUAAUGUUUUGAAGGUAAAUACCAAUACAACGAUGCAUUUACAAGAAUUCGACUCGACUAUAAAUAGUUUGAACGUCAUACGUAAAAAUAAAUUGGAAGAAAUGAACUUGGGUAGAAUAAACACGAAUUCGGUGAUACUGAGUUAUUGUAAAAACAGAGAUUGUGUUAUAACUCCAUUAAAACCACCCCCUACUCUACAAUCGGUCGAAAAUUGGAUAGAAGAGAAGAAGAAACCGGUUAAUACACCGGAAAUUAGAAGAGAAAAAAUUGUAGUACGUUUACCAGCGAGUCCAGGUGGAGAAGACGACGAUUUGGAAUUAUCCUUAACGCCGAAUUCAACACAAACUACCACUAAAUCAUCGGAAAGUCCAAUACCAAGUCCGACGUUUAGGGAGAGUUUCAAAAAACGCAAAAGACAAAUGAGAUUUAAAAAAAUUGCAUCGCAAGAAAGUUCGAUACAAAAUUCCGGACAAAUAUCGGGUUUAACGGUGAAUAUCAGCAUGGAUAAAUCGGUGGAGAAUCUAAAAACCGCGAGGGCCAUAAUAGAACAUCAAAAUUUAACCAUAUUAGCCGUGGAAUUGCACGUGCACACCAGAAGCGAUAUGAAACCCGAUCCGAAAUUCGAUUCAAUCCGAGCGAUUUUUUAUUCGAUAUUGAACGAUGUACCGGAACCUAACCUCAAAGGUCGUCACCGUAACGGUAUAAUAACCGUUAACGUACCGAUUUUAAAUGGUCUGAACUGCGAUAUCAUCAGCGUGGAUUCCGAAGAAGAAUUGAUAAAGGAAUUUUUAAAAUUGGUCGUUUAUUGGGACCCCGAUAUAUUCGCGGGUUACGAAAUCGAAUUGUUAUCGUGGGGUUAUCUGAUCGAGAGAGGUUAUGUUUUGAAUACCGAUAUCAAACCGUUAUUGUCGAGAACGAAGGACGAUAGAAGGACUCGACGCGACGACGACGAUUCCGCCGAUCUCAGAUUAGCCGGUAGGAUCGUCCUGGACGUUUGGAGACUCAUGAGACACGAAAUAAGUUUGCAGAGUUACACUUUCGAAUCGGUCGCUUAUCAUUUGUUGAGGAAAAGAUUCGCUAAAUAUUCUUUUAAGGAUCUUUCGUUUUGGUGGGAACACAGGACGCAUUUAUAUCGACACAGAACCGUUAAAUAUUAUCUGACUAGGGUGGUGACUAUCUUGGAGCUGUUCGAUAAGUUGGACUUUUUGGGGAGGACCAGUGAGCUGGCUAGGUUAUUCGGUAUACAAUUUUUCGAAGUACUAUCUAGAGGUACUCAGUUCAGAGUGGAAUCCAUGAUGCUCAGAUUAGCGAAACCGCUUAAUUUCAUACCGGUAUCACCAUCGGUACAACAGAGGGCGCAUAUGAAAGCACCAGAAUACAUUCCAUUGGUUAUGGAACCGGAAUCGAAACUAUACAACGAUCCGGUUAUAGUUUUGGAUUUCCAAAGUUUAUACCCAUCGAUAAUAAUAGCUUACAACUAUUGUUUCACCACCUGUAUAGGUCGAAUUGAAUGUCUAGGGAAAAGUGGUCCGUUCGAAUUCGGUGCUACCCAAUUGAGAGUAUCCAGAAACCGAUUGAGGAAACUACUCGAUAGGAAUCAAUUGAAUUUUUCACCCUGUGGCGUGGGGUUUGUAAAAAACGAAGUCAGAGACGGUGUGUUACCCAGAAUGUUAAGGGAAAUAUUAGAUACAAGACUGAUGGUGAAAAAUUCCAUGAAAGAGAAUCCGAACGAUAAAAUUCUUCAAAAAGCUCUACACAACCGACAAUUGGGGUUGAAACUUAUAGCCAACGUGACGUACGGUUACACAUCAGCGAAUUUCAGCGGAAGAAUGCCAUCGGUGGAAGUAGGAGAUAGCGUAGUCAGUAAAGGUAGAGAAACAUUACAAAGAGCCAUACAAACAGUGGAUAAUACACCUGUAUGGGGAGCGAGGGUGGUAUACGGAGACACCGAUUCCUUAUUCGUCUUAGUACCUGGUAGAACGAAAGAACAAGCUUUCAAAAUAGGUCAGGAAAUAGCCGAAGCUGUAACUAACGACAAUCCUGAUCCUAUAAAACUAAAAUUAGAAAAAGUUUACCUACCCUGUAUACUACAAACUAAAAAACGUUACGUCGGUUAUAUGUACGAAAGUCCAGAGCAAAAAGAACCAGUUUAUCAAGCUAAAGGUAUCGAAACGGUCAGAAGGGAUGGUUGUCCCGCGGUUAGUAAGAUGUUGGAGAAAUGUUUACGUAUACUUUUCGAAACGAAAGACGUUAGUUUAGUGAAGAAGUACGUUUUGAAGCAAUUCGACAAGAUAGUAGCCGGUCGUGUUAGUAUACAAGACUUAACUUUCGCCAAAGAAUAUCGAGGAGCUUCGGGGUAUCGACCAGGAGCUUGCGUUCCAGCUUUGGAACUCACAAAAAAAUGGACUUCAGUUGAUCCAAGAAAUGAACCUAGAAGCGGAGAACGUGUUCCGUAUGUUAUAGUAAACGGACCACCAGGUUUACCAUUGAUCCGUUUAGUUAAAAGUCCUAGAGAUCUGAUUGAGGAUAGUUCAUUGAAACCCAACGUGGAAUAUUACAUAACUAGGGUGAUAAUACCACCAUUAAAUCGGUGUUUUACUUUAUUAGGGGUAGAUAUGAGUAUCUGGUAUAAACAAAUGCCUAGGAAGAAGGUUCAGUAUUUGCCGGGUUCGGUGUCGCCUAAGAAGAAAAGUACAAUUUCACAAUAUUUCUCCACUUCUAGUUGUAUAUCUUGCGAAGAACAAACCCGGAAAGGUAUAUGUGAAAAAUGUAUAGAUCGACCGCAAAGCACCGUUGUCACUCUAAUGGAAAAAAUGAGGAAAUGGGAGAGGAAUUAUCUUAAUAUCAAAAUGGUUUGUCAGACUUGUACAUCAUCGGUAACGGAUAUAAAGUGCGUGUCUCUAGAUUGUCCUACUUAUUAUAGAAGAAUCCAAACUAUUCGUGAUGAACAGCAAACUAGUUACAUUAGACAGUUAUUAGAUUCCAGUGAUUUAUCUUUUUGAUAUUUUGUUUUCAUUACAUUACAUUAUAAAACGUUUUUGAAUAUUUUCUUAAAACAUCAAUAUUUUAAUACUAAUAAUGGAUUUUUAUAUGAAAAAUCCCUGCUGUUUCUUGUAGUUGUACAAUAAUACAAUUAAUUUAUUAUUUUGUUACAAAUUCUCUUUAUUUUAAUGUUUAUUAUUGGAUUAAGCGUCAUUAAUACUUUUAAUUCAUGUUAUUAUAACAUUGUUACAAAACUUUGGAAUAAAAAAUGAUUUUACCAUU